AGAUGUCCGGCCUCAAAACGUCCGACAGGGGGCCUGCUGACUCAGCCUUCACUAUGGGCCCCGCCGGGAUUUCGAGCCUCGAUUCCCUGCGGAAUGAUGGGCAGUGCCAGGUCGUUGUAGCCAAGAUCAGCGACUUCAAGAAGAUCCAGCAGUGGACGCCAGAGAGGUACAACCAAGUCCACACCGAGGAGGCCGCCUGGCUUCGCGAGCGAGUCGCAACCCUGCACUCCGUAGACAACAGCAGCCGGCGCCGGCUCUUGGUCGCGACGCACCACGCCCCGUGCGUCGAGGGCACCUCGCGGCCGGAACACACUGCCAACCCGUGGACGGCCGCUUUCGCGACCGACCUCCUACAGCAGCCCGGGGUCUGGGACGGCGUCAAGGCGUGGGUGUUCGGCCACACGCAUUACUCGACAGCCUUUCUGCGCAAGGGUAUCCGGGUCGUCGCGAACCAGAGGGGCUACGUCCUCCCUGGGAGUGUCGCUGCGCGGGGGGAAGAGGCUGUAGCGAGGAAGAGAAAUAAGACGAAGAAACAAGACAGCUAUGAAUUCGAUGCGACGAGGUGCAUAAGUGUCUAGGUAGCCAGAGAUGUGGAAUUAGCCUAACAUCUCAAUCUUAAUGGCGACGCGAUGAGAGAGCGCGAUCAGUCGGCCACUGUAUUUAAUUUAUUGAUUCCUAGUCCAAAAAGGAAAGAGAAAUAUC